CGUGAUCUGGACUGAGGCGGAUGAGACCAGAAACCUUUGUUCUGUGUCUCCUUCCAGUGCUCGAAAAAAUAAGAACCUGUCAAUGCUCCCAGCAAAAUUGCAAUUGCAUUUUGCGGGUUGUCGAUCGCACAUGGAUGUUUUAUUACACAGAUGUUAGCAGAAUUGAUUAAUUAGUCUUCUUAUUUUUCCUCUGAUCCUCUGAUCGCUAUAACCUGUCGGGCACGUCUGGUCUGUCUUUUUUUGCCAUCAACUGCUAAAUGGAAAUAAAACGCGGAACUGAGAGUGGAAGCAGCCGAGGUAAUGAUCUUCCAGUCCGAUAUCUUCGCCUCCUGGCCCCGCCCUUGCAGCUUUUGUCAGCAGCAGUGUGGCAAAUUGUGCAGCAGGGACUUGUAGACCGCUAUGGGAUGCUGGAGGAGUUUGUUACCAUGGUGACAGAGCUGGUCCCAGAGCUGAUGAGCUACAGUCAAAGGGCUCAGAUUAUUCUGGGACUCAGAGCCCGGCUGGUUCUGGAGAUGUGUCGAGGUGAGCACCCAGUGGAUAUGCAGACCAUUCAGCCACAUCUGGAUAGAAUUAAAGCACCAGUGAGCACUGUCAUGGAUCACCAUGUAACAAUCAACCAAGUGGAGGAAUCUGAGGUGAACUUUGUGGAGCUGGUGCAUUCAUUACUGGAGGAUCCCUCUGAAAGAAAAUAUUUUUUCGAGGAAAUCUUCCCUGUGUAUUUUGGAUCAAAGUACGAUGCAGCACUUGAGAUGCUCGUGUGGGAAUUCAUUUCAAGACUGGAUGAGCUGCUGCCAGUUCCAGAUAUCACACAGUUGGCAGCUUUGCUUGGAGGUGCUCCGUCGUUCCUAGAUGACUGUUUACAGUACUUUUUCCCACCAGAGGACAUGAAGGCUGUACUGGAACACCACAGAAAUCUCGGUCAUUUUGAAAAGAAAGAUCCUGGAUUAUUACCAGUGGACGACUACAUCCUCUCCUCCCUGUCACUGCCUCCUGGGACCAAACCUAUCAUGAACAUGGCCUCCUGCUCACCAACUCUCAAAGACUCAACCUCUCCGGAGCACAGAGAAUGUCUCAGUGCUGUCAUCAACACAAGCAGCCUGGAGAGGGCGAACAGGAGGUGCUCUCAAACCAUCAGGCAAAGUCUCAAGGAGACAAGUGACUCUGGCAUUUGGCAGCAGCAGGUUAGAGGGGGGAACAUUUCUCAGGAGAGGAAAAUGCCAAACUUAGUUAGUACACGUCUAUGUGAUGAAACCAUAGACCUCACUACAUCUAAUGAGGCUGCCGACAAAGAGUCACCAGCCAAUGAGGACAGCCGAAACUUGAGAGGAGAGCGGCUUCUCAGGAAGAGGAAACUGAGCGGAGGUGUAGACAUUCCUACCAAGCAGCCUGUGGAUGCAUCAGCCUUCUUGGAUUCCUCAGUCGUUAAUGAAAACUCAGAUGAAUCUCCUCUAAUCUCAAUAUGGGGAGAAUAUACAGACCCUCAAGAAGGUUCCUUUAAAGUUGUAACAGAUACAAAGGUUCCCUGGUCAGAUGAGGAGACGCUCCAUCUGCUCGAUAUUUGGGGCAAGGACUCGAUGCAGCGGGCUUUGAAGGGCUGCUUAAAAAACCGUCACAUUUUCACACAGAUUGCACAGAAGAUGGCAGAGAGGGGCUACAUGAGAACAGUGGAACAGUGCCAGACCAGGAUCAAACGACUAAAGAAAUGCUUCCGCCAGAACAACAACAGAGGAAACUCCAAACUAGAGCAUAAAAUUUACGAGCAGCUAGAGCGAGUCCUCGUCUCCUCAGUUCCUUCGUCUGUCCCAGAGGUCACAUAUGACGUCGAAGAGGUCAUCGAUGAAGAUGAGUCCCGAGAUGGAGAUGAGGACUUGCAGUUUCUUGGCCAAACGAGCCAGCUGGAAAUCGGAACGAGAAGUGUUCCAUGGACAGAUUUGGAGACUUUGGCCCUCAUCAACCUGUGGGGUGAAGACAAGAUGCAGCAGGAGCUGAGAGGGAUGAACAGAACUGGACAUAUUUUUUCCAUCAUAUCUAACAAACUGGCUGCCCAGGGCUUCUCCCGAACACCAGAGCAGUGCCAGACAAGGCUGAAAAGGCUGAAGUCAAGCUUCAGGCAGUGCUACCAAAACAACAUGAAGGGUCAGGAGCAAGUCGAGUGCAAGUUUUACACUGAACUGGGGAGAAUUUUAGUGAACAACUUCCCUUCAGCACCACAGUUGGAUGAAAUACCAGCACGGGCUGAAGAUGACGACUUUCCUGCCUACUCCCAUUGUGAGAAUGAGUCUGCUGUGGGCGUUCAAGAAGAAAGGAAGAAAGUCCCCUGGUCCGACAAAGAGACCAUCAUCCUUCUGGAGAUGUGGGGUGACGCACAGGUCCAGCAAAGCCUGAGACGCUAUCCCCACAACGGCCACAUUUUUACCGAAAUAUCAGAGAAACUGAGAGCCAACGGCUACACCCGCAGCGCCGAGCAGUGCCAUACCAGGAUUAAACGGCUGAAAUCUAUCUAUCGCCAGUGUCUGGAGAAUAUGAGCUCAUCUGGGAGUGAUAGAGUCGAUUUUAAAUUCUAUGAUCUGCUGGAACAAAUCAUGGACAAGCAGCCAUCAACAUCUUCAACUGUGGUAACUGACUCCAUUGAAAUAUCCGAAGACUCCAAUGGAGAAUCAGUUCCUGACGCAGAUGGAGACAUCAGCAUGUCAGCAGAGAAAGCAGCACCCAACUCAUGGUCAGAUGAGGAGACCCUGGCACUUAUUGAUAUCUGGGGCGAUGAAGACGUCCAGAGAGUGCUGAGGGGCUUCGUUCACAACGGGCAUGUUUACGCCAACAUUUCAGAGAGAAUGCAAGACCUUGGCUUCUCAAAAACUGUGGAGCAGUGCCGCUGGAAAGUGAAAUCACUGAGGAACAACUUUCGACAGUGCUAUGACAGAAAGAAAUGUGGAAUAAGAGUCAAUUAUAGAUUCUACAACCAGCUGGAGCAAAUACUGGGACAGGAAGCAGUUUCUAUUGAUGAGUAUGAUGAAAGAGAUGAACAAACAGACCAGUGUACAGCUGAAAUAGGCAUAGAUGGCAUCAACACAGCGUGGACAGAGGAAGAGACAGUGGCUCUCAUUGAAGUGUGGGCUGCAGAUGACGUGCAGCACAGUCUGAAAACUUGUGUCCGAAAUGGGCACAUAUUUGCAGACAUAUCAGAGAAAAUGGCCACCAUGGGAUACUUGAGGACAGCAGAGCAGUGCCACUGCCGAAUCAAAAGGUUGAAGAAGACUUACAGGCGUUACUGCAACAACCAGAGAAGUGGAGGACGUCCUGCUGUGUUUCGAUACUUUCCCCUUCUGGCUCCAGUGCUCGGAGAUGACUCUGUGUAUGCUGAUGUGGACAGUACUGCUCCUGAUGCCGCUUUUCAAGCCCUUAUGGAGAAGGAUUCUGACUUGUAUGAGCAGCCUCCAACCAACCACCUCCUGGCUGACCUGAGCAGAAAGACGCCUUGGUCAGACCAGGAGACCCGCACGCUGCUGGAGGUCUGGGGUGAAGAUGACGUUCAACUCACCCUGAGGGGCUGCCUGAAGAACCGACAUGUGUUUGAGUACAUCUCAGAAAAGCUGAGUGACCAAGGAUUUAUGAGGACCUCGGAGCAGUGCUACACCCGAAUCAAGCGCCUCAAAUAUGGCUUCCUCCACGAAAAGGAGGAAUUUAAAUUCUUCAGUGAGAUGGAGAAAAUCUUCAGCAAGGAGUUGAAAGUAGAUGACUCAGUUGCUGACACAUCGGUCACAGAUGAGCUGGACGACUACACACCUGGACUGGGCCACAAGAAAGAUAACCAGUGGGUUGCUGACAGCUCAAAGCUGCCCUGGAGUGACGGGGAGACAGAGGCCCUCCUGGACAUUUGGGGGAGUGAGGAAAUCCAGGAGAACUUGAAAGGCUGCACCAAGAACAAACACAUCUUCAUCCAGAUUUCUCAGGUCAUGGCAAGCCAAGGCUACCUGCGCACUCCUGAACAGUGCCAGACCAGGAUAAAGAGGCUGAGGGCCAAUUUCAGACACUUCCUAGAAGGCAGAAAAGGAGAGAAACAGGAAUGCAAGUUUUUUGACCAGUUGGUGCAGAUAUUUGGCAGCAAGUAUGUAAUGAACUCUGAUUCCCUGGCCGACAAUACAGCCGAUGUAGAAACAUGAAAUGUCCAUCAUCAAGAUGAUGCAGCAGCAGCAGAUGA